AUGGGGCCUGUGAAUUGGGUAAACACGGCCCUGGUCAACCUGACUGGCCUGACGCCAGCCACAUUCAUCCUGGCUGGGAUCCCGGGCAUGGAGCAGCUGCACACCUGGCUCUCCAUCCCGUUCUGCACCAUGUAGCUGGCAGCCCUACUGGGGAACGGUGUCCUGCUGUUCACCAUCUGGAGCGAGCACAGCCUGCACCAGCCCAUGCACCUCUUCCUGUCCAUACUGGCUGUGGCUGACCUGGCGCUCUCCACCACGGCGGUGCCCGAGAUGCUGGCCCUGUUCUGGUUCCGUGCCAGGGAGAUUUCCUUCGGCGCCUGCCUCACCCAGAUGUUCUUGCUGCACUUCGCCUGCUCGGCAGAGUUGAUGAUCCUGCUGGCCAUGGCCUUCGACCGCUUCGUUGCCAUCUGCCGCCUGCUGCGCUACGGGGCGGUGCUGACCCCAGUGGCAGUGGCCAAGACCGGCCUGGUGGCUUUGCUGAGGGGCUUCUGCAUCGUUUUCCCUUGCAUUUUCCUGCUGAAGCGGCUGCCGUUCUGCGGGCACAACGUCAUCCCGCACACGUACUGCGAGCACAUCGGCAUCACCCGCCUGGCCUGCGCCGACAUCUCCGCCAACCUCUGGUGUGGCCUCACGGUGCCCCUGGCUGUGGUUGCGCUCGACCUCGUCCUCAUUGCCGUGUCCUACGCGUUCAUCCUCGUGGCACUGCUCAGGCUCCCCUCCAACCACAAGGCUUUCAACACCUGUGGCUCUCACAUCUGUGUUUUGGUGUUUUUCUACGUUCCCGCCGGUUUCACGGCACUGACGCACCGCUUUGGCUGGGACAUCCCCCGCCACAUCCACAUCCUGCCGGCCAACCUGUACGUGCUGUUCCCGCCGCUGCUGAACCCCGUCGUCUACGGAGUGAAGGUGCAGCAGAUCAGGGAGAAGGUUGGGAAGGUGUUUGUCUGCUCCAAGGGCCACUUCCCGGGAGAACAGGAGGGAAAGUGACGGACACCUUGGUGGCACUCCAAGCUCCCCA